ACACAUUUCAAUGACAGGGGCUUAAAUGGACGCUGGACUGGAGCUCAUUUGCUGCACAGCACUUUUCUUGGCAAAUACAAAGAUGGGCUAAUGUAAUUUUAACUGUCGUUGGGUCUGAAGUUUUAUCCUCGUCUUGUCGUCUGGUCACGUCAGUUGAAUGUUUUGUGAGUCAGAGGGAGAAAAAGAGAAGGACACAAGCAGGGCUCGUGUUUCACGGUUUUUGACAUGAUUGAUUUUGCCGUCUGCAAUUAGCAUAAUGUGAUUAGAAGAACACAGUUGAUUAGCUGAUGACGCUACAGUUCAAACUUUUUUGAAUGGAUACAGGAAGUACAAAACUAAAUGGGAUGAUUUAUUAUUUUCUUCAUUCGAUGGGUAUGAAAGAUUUUUUUCUCUUUUUUUUAAGUAGGGCGGUGUCAAAUUUUGGACAAAAAGAAAUAACGUCAAUAAAUGCUAAGGUGUUGUGAAAUAAACACUGUUUUUUUUUUUGCGUUUGGAUUGAAAUAAAAACUAGAUCAAAUUGACCUUUGACCUCCACUCUGCAGGUAACUGUGAGUCUAGAGUGAAGCGUCAUAAUUGUCAAAACCAAACCCUCAACUUCAGCCUGGAAUAAUUCAAUCCUAAUCUGAUAUGUGUCUGUGUAUGCCGUCCAUUGAUGAUUUUUCGGCCGCUGCCCUUCACACAUGCACAGGGCUGUCAUUGUCUGACUUGGCCUUGGUGACUGAAGCGCCAUUACCUCUCAAAUCUAAUCAGAUUCCCUAAAGUGGAUAACAAGCGUGUCUCCGGCAUUUACAGUAUAGUGAGAAAGCUGAAGUGAAACCGGGACGAUCCGCUGUCACACAAAGCAGAUGUGGUUGUGUAUCAGUGCUGGCAUCUCCGCUGCUCUCCGUAGUGGAAAAAAAAUGUUGAUUGGCUAACAACUGGCAUCUUGUUUGGCCCCGGAGAAGACAGAUAAGAGCUCCCAGUCACUGCUGACAAGUCGGGUAUUGUGAUGAACCGGUUCUAACUAAGGUGGAUGCGUGGUGAAUGUGAGCAGCGAGUCGAGCUGACGAGAAGAAUUUAAUGCUGAGGUUUUAUAAAUAUAAAUCCACACAUCGUCGUCGUAUGGUUUAACUGUGUUUUCCCAGUUGACUUUACGCACACGCAAAAAAAAAGGAAAAUGGUUGACACUUAAAUUGUCAAGCGGAACGCACAAGCAAAGUGCAUUGACAGAAACCUAAACCAUGGCUGUCUGAUUGACAUUCAAGACAGUUUUUUAAUUAUAAAUUUGAGUGCCUGUGUUCAGUUAAGAAAACCAAAGCAAUCAAUCAAAUUUGAUUAAAAUAAAUUAAGCUUUAAUUAAAAUUACUCUUUAAAUUAAAAAUAUUAGUCAAAUUUAAUACGAGACGUGAAGGAAAGCUAAUUACAUUUAACAUUAAUAUAUAUAUAUAUAUAUAGGAAAUAUAUAUAUAAAUAUAGAAAAUAUUUGCUUAAUAGAAUAAUAAUUUGGCUUGAAAAUAAAAUUUACCAACAUUUGGAAAAGACAAAAAAAAAGUGCAUUACUGUGGCUAAAAAUAGCAGCAGGCUAACCAGGACAGCUAAUAUCUUUAUCUGAAAGGUAGAGAGAAAAGAAAGUAAAAUAAUAAGACUGCUCAGAUAGUGAUUCAACCACUGAGAAAUAAAUAUAAGUUAGCCUAUAGCUAAAUGUCAUUGAGCUAGAAGUCGCUACAGUGUAAAAAAAAAAUGAAUUUGGCUAUAACCAAAAAACAAACAAAAAACAACAAAAAAUAUUAUUAUUAAAAAAACAUUAUAAAAUUAUUUAAUUAUUAUUAUUAAAUUAUUAUUAAGCCAAAGAUGUCUAAAUAAUAAGCUAAUGUUUAGACAUUCAUUUAAAAACAGGUGCAAAAAUGCAUUGAUAUAAAGUGAGGGUUGAAUUGGUGAUAAUCUCAUCUAAAACAAUAAGAACAACUCAGGUCAGAUAUUUAAAACCUUAUAUAAAAAAAUGGCCAAAACAGUAACGCACUGGUCAAGAGGAUAAUUAUUCAUCUUAAAAAAAAGUCAAAUCUUCGAUGACAGGCUUAAAGAAAUCUAUUAAACAACUGUCAGUGGACCAUGCCAAAAUAAUCAUGUAAUCAUGACCCCAGUGCAGUGAUUGGCCCUCAGGCCAGGUUUUGGACACGUCUUACAUAAUUAUUAAAGAUCGGAAUUUUAUGUUUUAAUUAUAUUUAUUCAAAGGUUUUUCCGCUGCAGGAGCCUUGACUAAUCUGGCAUUAGCCACAGGCUAACGGUGGCUGUGAUGUACAAAUAUAGCUGUGGGUUGACGUGGCUGUAUAUUGAACAUUAUAGUAUGGAUUUCUCUGCAGCCUCUGGAGUUGACAUUAAAUAACUAACGUGGGUAAUCCACCUCAAAUUAAUCUGCUAAUACUUUUAUUAUAAUAGUAUUAUUAUACUGACAUAAUGAAGUAUUUACAUCAUAGUCAUUAGAUACUGUAGUCACAUAAUCACCCUAAAGGCCAUGGGCUACUGAGAGCUAACAUUGAAUGCCUUUGUAGGCUCCAGUAAAAAGGUGAGUUGACCCCCCCACCCCUCCCCGGGCCCCCCGCCUCCCUAAAAAUAGCCUCACAGAGUAGCAAAGACCUUAAAAAUAUUUUUAUGGCACGUAUUGUUUGAGAAACCGACGCCACAAAUCUGUCAACUUUAAAACAAAUGGAUGAAUGAAUGACAGCGUCAUGGGUAAAACGGCAUUUAAGUAUAAAAAAAAAAAAAAAAGUGAACAAGGGUCAAUUGUGCUGCCACAACCCCUGGAGCAGCCAGCAGAGGAUGUAAGGGCUGAUAGCUGAUUGGCUGUGGGGACAGAAGGGGGCGGUCUCAGUGAAUUAGUGAUAGACACUAAAGGCAGAUAUCCUGCAGUGAUCAAACCCUGGGUGAUCUGACAGUCCAGUGUUUGAAGUGAUUACCAUGCUAUGCAACAUAAAGGCGUACCCCCGGCUUUGCGCCUAAUUAGUUCACUUAGGGUCCUUAUAAGAGAGUGGCGGGGCCCUGAGAAGGACAGACACUUGGUCAGAAGUCAGCAGAUUAGCAGGACAGCAGCAGAUCUGGAUCCACGUUGACCUGCUGCGACAUCCAAACAAAACCAACCCAAAGAUUAUUUGCUUUUCUGAGAAUGCCACACUUAAGUGACUGCAGCUACUACAUGAUGCGGGACGCAACCAGAGCUUCAAAUGUACAAAGCCACCUGGAGAACUCCAAGUUCCACCUCCACCAGGGCCAGGGUCAGCAGGUCAAGCAGUACCUGACGCUGGGCUCCAAGCUGGCCUCGUCGGCCGGCCAGGGCCACAGCGUGUCUCACCCGCACACCCCGGGCCAGCCGCUGGCCACCAUGCCCGUCCUCAGGAACGGCAGCAUGCCCUCCAUGAGCGACGGCAGCAACCCCAACAGCCCCGUCACCCUGCUCACCAUGACCAGUCAGGACAGCGAGUUCCCAAUGGAUGAAGUUAUUGAUGACCUUAUUAGUCUUGAAUCCGGGUUCAAUGAUGGGGGCUUGGAAUGCAUGGAGCCCAACAUGAUGUUGCAAAACAAUGUGUCCCUCAGUAGCAGCAUGCUGGACAUCUAUGGGGGUGAACAAGGUAUGAACGCCCCUAGUGGUGGAAUGAGUCCUACAUCUAACCCCACAAAGCUCACUGUAAAAAGGGAAUACACAGAACAUGACACGAGGGUUAUGGCCAAAGAGAGGCAGAAGAAAGACAACCAUAACUUGAUCGAAAGAAGGCGAAGAUACAACAUCAACUACAGGAUCAAAGAGUUGGGAACCCUCAUCCCAAAGUCCAACGACCCAGACAUGCGCUGGAACAAAGGCACCAUCCUGAAGGCCUCGGUGGAGUACAUCCGUUGGCUGCAGAAGGAGCAGCAGCACGCCAGGGAGCUGGAGAGUCGACAGAAGAAGCUGGAACAAGCCAACAGGCGGCUGCUGCUGAGGAUCCAGGAGCUUGAAAUCCAGGCGCGAGCACACGGCCUUCCCAACAUGACAACGUCCCAGGGUACGGUUGAGUUGACCUCCCACCUCCUGAAACAGCAGCAGCAGCAGCAGCAGCGGCAGCAGCGGUCGCCUCCACAGGCCCAGCAGCCUCCACUCUACCAGGAGGAGCCCAACAACGACUACCUCCAGAGGAUAGCAGCCGUUGCCGGGAUGCCCUCCAUCCCAGGUGCGGGCGGGCCGCAGGACCACAUCACGGGCACCGACGGGUGCACGACCUUCUCCGACCCACUGUCCCACUUCACGGACUUCUUCAGCGCUACGCUAAAGGAUGAGCAAAGGCUGGAGGAAAUCCUGAUCGACGAAGCUCUCUCACCUUUCGGCGCCGAUCCGCUCUUGUCGGCGGGUUCGCCCGGCGCUGCGUCUAAGGACAGCAGCCGCAGGAGCAGCUUCAGUUCCGCCGGUGGCGAUGACUUAUAAUUGAGAGUUGUUUUUUUUUUUCUCUUCAAAAACACACCUUGUUUUUGUGGUGGUAUUUCCAGUGUUAAAGGGCAAACGUAGAGCAUUUAAAGGAGAGACCGACGCCUCUUGGCGGACAACAGUGACAAUUAGACAGGGCUGCAAGUCGUGACCCUGAGAACUGACGUAGCCUCGAAGUGCUAGUUUGGUACGUGUCGAAACGAUGGACAAAGAGCUUGCAUUCUCCAGAACUUUCUGAGAACCAAGUGCCGCACUGCCGUCGAACGCGUUUCUCUGCCUCCCGUGAAAAGCAGAAACUGAGUCAUUAAAAAGGGAGACAUUAAUCAGCCUUCUUUUGUACAUAAUGUAAAUGGAACACUUUAAAACUGUACUUCCUUAUUAUGCAAAGACAAAAAAAGUAACUGAAAACCAGCAAAAAACAAACUAUCAUUAUCAACGGAGGUAAUGUGACGUCUUCACCAAAAAGGCAGCGACUGUCGGGAAUGAUUUCGUGUUAUGUGCCUUAUUACGACCGACUUACUCACCACGGUGCCUAAUAUGAUCUCCUAUCGUAUCUUUGAAGUAUUUCAUUCUAGUCCAUGUACUCAAAAAUGCAUAUGUACAUAGUAUCCACGUACACACGUCUAACAUGUUAACUUUUGUAUUCUUACAAGGGGUGGGAAAAAUAUAAUAAACCUCUUUUUAUAUACUUUGAAUUUGA